AUGCAAAGGUUUCAACCCGACGACGAACAGCCAAGUUUUGAACUUCCUCAGCUUCCACCUUGGAAAGCCCUCCACAUGAAGCAAUACAACCAACAGACACCGCUUCGAAGGCCACGCUGCAUCUUAGGUGCACCUUAUGAGUCAAGCUCAUCUCUACUGCAUCUGCCAUCGGUGACUAUCGAAUCUGUUUCAGGUAAGUUGCCUGAGCGGGAGUACGACUAUUCUGUUUUUAAUGAGAGCAGGCUUCUCACAGAAAGCAAGAUAGACCAAUAUAUGAGAAGCGAGAUUGCGACACAUAAACGCGUGUUCCAUCGGGAUAAGGCUCAUGACGAUACUUAUAGGCCGGACUUACAGCCGUUGUGCUGUGAUAGCUCUGACGACGAGAACGACCUUCUUUCGAAACGCUUGCACAAGCAGCGCCUAGAGAAGCCUUUGGUAGUGGGAAUCCCAGGUUUACGUCCAGAAGAACUACACUGGGAUAGUACUGGUAAAAACAAGCGCAGAUCGGACUAUAUUGCUGAUAUGGAUGAGGAGAUGGGUUUACGCCGCUACUGGAACUGGUCCGCACUAAGUAAGUCGCUAGGACCUCGUGAUUACCACAUGUUAAACCGCAUACUACAGAAGGAGGUCCAGUUACAUGAGCACUACCGCGAUGUCAUUCUCAAGGGCGAUGGUUACGCUAGGGACGUGGAACUAAGCGACGACGAGACAUACUUGGGAUUGAAGCAAUAUGCGCAUAAGUGUUACGACAAAGAUAAUUGCGUAUUCAAUAUGGAUGAGUUAAUGUUGCAUAUGAAGGAGCAGGACUAG